AUGGAACUUGUGGCACCAGGAGCUGCUUGGGAGAAUCCAGACGGGGCAAAGCUGCUGGGGAACGGGACAUCAAAAUUCCCGGGAGACCUCAAGUCGCCCCUGGAUCGCGAGACUGAGUUGCAUGAGCGCCCUCUCCUGGCGCUGUCGGAGCAACCGGCCGCCGGGGAAAAGUUGCUGGGCCAGCAGUACCUAUGUAGGUCAGACUCUGGCCCUGGGGAAGAAUCCUUUGCCAAGACCAAUGAUCCUGCAGUCCACAAAGCUUUCAGGUGCAAGAAUUGUGGGCUGACUGUAGCCAGCCUCUCUGACCUCAUUCAUCAUCAAAGCAGCCAUGGGUGUGACCGGCCUUACAGCUGUCCAGAGUGUGACAAAAGCUUCCGGCGGGGCUCAGAUCUGGUUAAGCACUACAGGGUGCACACUGGUGAAAAACCUUACCCCUGCCCAGAAUGUGGCCGCUGCUUCAGCCUCAGUUCUAAUCUCACUAAACACCGGCGUUCUCACUCAGGUCUCCGACCUCAUAAGUGUAUAGAGUGUGGAGAGGCCUUUGGCCGCAGUGCAGACCUAGCAAAACAUCUUCGGGUGCACACUGGGGAGAAGCCCUAUGCUUGUGCUGAGUGUGGUAAGACUUUCAGGGUUAGCUCCAAUCUGAUCCAGCACCAGCGUACUCACACUGGGGAGAAACCCUACCGCUGUGGACUCUGUGGCAAGAGUUUCAGCCUGAGUUCUAACCUUUUACAGCACCAGCGCUGUCACACUGGAGAGAAACCCUACUUCUGUGUCUGGUGUGGAGACAGCUUUGGGCGCAGUUCCUAUCUGCUGGAACACCAGCGUUCACACACAGGUGAGAAGCCCUACAAUUGCUGUGAGUGUGGCAAGAACUUCACCAACAGCUCAAACUGCCUACGGCACCAGCGCACUCACAAUGGAGAGCCGCCUUUCAGGUGUCUUGAAUGUGGACGUGGCUUUAGUGAGAGCACCAUGUUCAUUGAACACCAGCGCAUCCACUUGAGCAAAUGACCAACCUUUCCAGAAUGUGGCAAAAUCUUACACCACAGCUCCAUGAAUGUUCACACAUGGGCAAAAAGCCCUAGAAGUACCUGGUUGCCAGUAGUAUUUUGUGGACACCACCAGCAUAUCCACACAGGCCAAAGACCUCACAUUUGCAGUAAGUGUGCCGGGAGCUUCAGACAGAUUUCCCACAUAUUCUUCUACCAAAUGACCCACAGUAACAAGAAGACUUCCAUUUGCCUGUAGUGUGGCAAGGCCUUUGCCCUAACUCCCAACCUUUUCUAACACUAAUGGAUGACCAAGAUGGGAGCUUCUGUUGAUAUCCCUGGCUUCAGUUUUAAUCCAAACUUUGUCUCUGGGUUUGGUCCAGCCCUGAGAAGCCCUGAAGGAACCAUCUGGAUUGAGACGGAAACCCCAGGCUAGAAGAACAUUGCACUAGAGCUAUGGCUACCACCUUCAAAGAGACAAGAUUUAAAAUGGGGGCCCUCUUCUAUGCGAUUCCAUUUAGAAUAUCCAUUAGCUUUAGCUAGAGGGAAGUGUUAGAUGUCCAGAGCUGUGUAACCCUGACCAGCUGCUUUGAGAUAGAUUAAUCAUAAUAAAAGCAACAACUACUUUUUCUCAGUGGAAGAAGACUUAAAAGCCAGGCAAAGUCCCUGUUGAGGAGUACAGUAGCAAGAAGGUGAACCAGAGAGGAUCAUAAAGAAGGCUUUGCUCUAGCAAAAGGACCAAAGAAUUUGAGUUCAGGAUGCUUUAUGGUAUUUCUAGGCAAAGGCCCAAGAUUUGUCAUCUGGCCCUUUCCUAGUCCUCAAUCCCUUCCCUCAAAAAUUCUGCU